UCCUUCUGUCAGACUGAAGCACCAGUGCAAGAAGAACCAGUGGGCUGAGAAGGUGUUUUUACUGCAGCACUGUAGCUUUCAGCAGCAGUUUCUACCUUGAAGAAGGACUGAGAAGUGAAUAGCGUGCAGAUUUGCUUAGAGGAAAGAGAUCUGUGUACUGCAUCAUGAGUACUGUUCCUGGCUUGCUGUCCCUUGUAUUGCUUCUACUGACCCUAAGACUUCAGGAGCUGGUGGAGGCAUGCAGCUGUGCUCCAGCACACCCUCAACAAGCUUUCUGCAACUCUGAAAUAGUAAUUCGGGCCAAAAUUGCUGGUGAAAAGAUGGUCUCUCCCAGCAACAGCUCCUUGUCCCACUUCAAGAUGAUCCAGUAUGAAAUCAAACUAGUAAAGAUGUUUAAAGGCUUUGAAAAGUUCAAGGAUAUCCAGUAUGUGUACACCCCUCCUUAUUCAUCGCUGUGUGGUGUAAAGCUUGAAGCUAAUAACAAGGCCCAAUAUCUCCUGUCAGGCAGGGUGUGGGAGGAUGGGAGAGUUAUGAUUGGCCUGUGUGAUUUCAUUGAGCCCUGGGACAACCUGUCAAUGUCACAAAAGAAGAGCCUCAAUCACAGAUAUGAAAUGGGCUGUGAUUGCAGAAUUUCCAGAUGCUACACUUUGCCCUGCUCCACCACCGCAGAGAAUGAGUGCCUUUGGACGGACUGGCUGACAGAUAAGAGCCUGAAUGGGCACCAGGCCAAGCACUUUGCCUGCAUCAAGCGCACCGAUGGCUCCUGCAGCUGGUACCGAGGAGGCUCUCCCCCGGAGAAAGAGUUCAUGGACAUUUCAGACCCUUAAACCCAAUCAGCUCUCAAGAGAAGAGACACAAAGGUGAUGCUUGUAGUCAGAUCUGCCGCAAAACCGGUCCACUCUGCAUAAAGGAACUCUUGUGGUUCAAUGCAUUCCUUUAAUUCUAAAGCACAACUGUCUGCCUAUCCACCGUUGUGAAUGUACAAGAAUAAAGACCUGAAGAUACACCUUGCUGCAGUCUAGUAAUAUGUGUGAGAUUUAAAAUAAUAAAGAUAAACUAAAAGGCAAGUCACAGUUAAAAUUAUUCAGCAAUCUAUGAAAUACAUUUUGUAAGAAUCUUUUUUUUUAUGAGUAAAUCCCAAUUUCUGUAUACUGUGUGAUGAGAAUGUAUAUAUUUGUAUUCUUAUUAUUAACAAUGUAAAGAUUAACAGCACAAAUGGUAUAAACAAAUAGACACAGCAUCUUUGUAGUGUUUAUAUUUACAGGGUCUCAGUUUAGAUAUUUGUCAUUGCAUUUCCAUAUUCAGUCAUUAAUGAUGGGCUAGUCAAUAAAAGGCACUUCUUAUAUAAUGUCACCUUUCCUGAUAUUGUGCUUUGUAAAACAUUACUCUCUUGCCAAAAAAGCUAAAACAAGCCUUUAAUAGACGCAUCUGUACAUGUAAUAACCAUGGCUGUCAAGUUUCUGUAGAAAACUGUUUUAUACAAAAACUAUGUUUCUAUGUGUAUUUAUGUUUCGCUGUAGUGGAUUUUUUUUUUUCUAUCCUGUCAUGCCAAAAAAAUUGUUUAUAAAAGUCAUUCAAUACAGUA